CCGAAAAAUGGGCAAAAAUGCAUUCUUCUCCUUUUCGCUGACCUCUGAGAGCUACGUCAUGAGGUCAACUAUAAGAACCAAGAAGGAGGAAAGAGAAGUGUGGAGAAGGAGCUAUCGCUGCUUAGGUGGAGCCAGAUCUUCCUAACCAGCUGUUCAGUCAAAACUACAACUCCCAGAAAACGCACUACAACAAGCGUCACCAUCUCCACUACUGCGCGAGACUUUUGAACUUCUCAUUCUUUACAGUCAAUGUUUUAUCAAAUGUGCGCAAAACUGCAUUAAAUACAUAAUAAAACGGAUUAAUGUGGGUCUAUAAUAGAUGCUAAAUGCUUUAUAUGUUGUAAAGUUGAGUUUAUUUACGCUGGAGAUUUUAAUUAUUUGGGACUGUGAGAUAUCUCGUAGCUCCUUACCGCUGUUUAGGAACCUCCCGGGCUUCCUAUGUUUAAGGCGCUAUGAAAGGAAAAAUAAUUGCUCCGUUCCUUACUCCUUCCCAACUUCACUAAUCAGUCCCAUGAUCAGUCCGGAUGGUCCAUGUCAUGGCGGAUGAUGACGCACGUCCGAGCCAGUGAUAAGGAAAGGAACUUCGUAAGCGCAGUUGCCCGCUUUCGGACGCACCGUUUGAUUCACUAUGAGCCUUUGGCUUGUUCUUCUUUGUUUCGCAGUAUUUUUUAUUUUCUGUGAAAAUGUAGUUCUGCCUCCACCAUGUGACAGUGAAAUUUAUUGCACUGGGCCCAUCCUGGAUCAAGUACAGAAAGCCAAACUAUAUGAUGAUGACAAGUACUUUGUUGACAUGAAGCUUAAAGACCCUCCUGGUAUUAUUUUAUUUGCAUUUAAAAACCUCUCAAGUGAAUCCCCGACUGUCCCACGGGAAAAACUGCAGGACUUCCUCAAUAAGUAUUUUGAGAAGCCAGGCACAGAAUUUGAAACAUGGAAUCCACCAGACUGGCACAGCAACCCAGCAUUUUUAAACAAAAUAAAUGACAAACAACUUCGUGAAUGGGCUUUCAGUGUCCACAAACUCUGGAAACUACUGGGAAAAAAGAUUCGGGACAGUGUUAAAGAUCACGCUGAGCUCUAUUCACAGAUUUAUACGCCAUAUCCUGUCGUGGUGCCUGGAGGCCGCUUCAGGGAGCUCUACUAUUGGGACUCCUAUUGGGUCAUCAACGGACUGUUGCUUUCUGAGAUGACAGACACAGCGAAAGGGAUGAUUCAGAACUUCCUCUACCUUGUUGAUAGAUAUGGCUGCAUUCCAAAUGGUGGGCGGAUUUACUAUGAGCGCCGUAGUCAGCCUCCAUUCCUCACUCUUAUGGUGGAAAGCUACUAUCAGGUCACCAAGGAUAAAGAGUUCCUCAGGUGAUAUUUAGGCAUAUGCAUGUGUCCUGUCGCACACAUUCUCGUUCUUCUUCUAUUUCCCCCAAAUGCAAAAAUGAGCACUUCCUCUGAGCCUCAGCCUGCCCUCUGCCCCCUUCAGCGGGGACAGGUUUGGCUACAGGGACUCUGGGUUAUUUUCAGACACUGUUACACAUUAGCUUAAUUCAAGUGCGCCAAAUUAUAUAAUUUGAUUGUGGCACGUGAAAGGUCAUGGUGACCUUGAAACAUUUCGCUGCAGUUCCCAAACCUCAGCUGCACGAAUGGGUUAAACUGAUGAAGAGCUGGCAUUUAUUGGAAAGGUCAUUCACAACACUGCACUCUACAGUAGCUUCUCAGAUCAUUAUUCAAAACACAAGCUUUUCAAAA